AUGCCUCUAAACGUCCUCGUCAUCGGCGCCAACGGCUACCUCGGAUCGGCCAUCAGCCGCGCCUUCCUCCGCAGCCGCCCCCCACCAGUACCACCACCAGCACCAGCACCACCAUCCCCUCACCAAACCACCACCACCACCCAACCAACAUCAUCACCACCCCCACAAACAUUCCGCGUCUACGGCCUCAUCCGCCGCGCCUCGGCCGCCCCCGCCCUCGCGGCGCAGGAAAUCAUCCCCCUCGUCGGCACGCUGUCCGGCCCCGCGAGCUCCCCCGCCGCGCUGCGCGACAGCAUCGUCCGCGCCCGACUCGCCCCGCGCCGCUGGGACGUCAUCGCCGUGUGCACGGAGCCGGCGGACCGCACGGCGCAGGCGCGGCACUGGGUCGAUGUGCUGGAGUUUGUUGGGCUGUUGUCGACGACGAAUGGUGAUGGUGGUGGUGGUGACGAGGAUGCAGGGCGGCAGCAGCAGCACCACCGGCCGCUGGUGCUGUUCUCGUCCGGGUGCAAGGACUACGGGACGACGGGGCGGGAGGGGGAGGCCGGGCUGGCGCCGCAUACCGAGGGGAGCGGGUUGGCGCCGUUUGAGAUGGUGAGGGGGCGGACGGAGGCGGCGGUGAGGGCGUUGGCGGUGGGGGGUGGUGAUGACCGGGCGUUUGACGUCGUGGUGUUGAGGGCGACGCCGAUUUGCGGGUACAGUGGGAGUUACUAUGGGGCGAUGAUGGAGUAUGUGGAGGGGUGUGCAGGUGCGGCUGCGGCUGCGGCUGCUGCCGGUGGUGGUGGAAAGGGGGACGGCGUGUUGAAGUUUGCGGCGCAUCCGGGGACGAUUUUGCACGGGAUGCAUGUUGAUGACUGUGCGGAUGCGUAUGUCGCGCUCGCGAGGCUGGCGCUGUUUGGAGGGGCGGAGGGACGCCGCGCGGUGGCGGGGCAGGUGUUCAACAUCUCGGGUAGGCGGUACGAGACGCUGCGGGAGGUCGGGACGGUGCUCGCGAGAGAGUACGGCUUCGAGAAUGGGGCACGGUUUGGGGUGGCGACGGCAGAGAUACCGUCGACGGUGGAUGCUCAGGGGGCGGAUAUGGUCUUCGGCUGGAGUCAAUGGGUCGACAGCACGAAGAUCCGAGAGCUGACUGGAUGGAGCGAUUGGAGACCGCUGUUUUCAGAGAACUUGCACGUCUAUCGCUUGUCUUAUGAGGCUGCAAGGGACUACAAGGAUGACAACGUACAAAAGAUCAGGAAUAGGAUGAAGGGGGAUUGGGGAAGCGGAGAUUAG